AUGGAUCACCCUACGAGGCCAGAUAGCCCGCCCCGUCGAUUGCGGGCCUGCGUGCCGUGCACGACGGCAAAGGCCCGCUGCAACUUCCGCGAUGAGAAUGCCGGGGUACAUCUGUGUGACCGAUGUGAGCGGCUGAGGAUUGUGUGUACGGCCAAGACGACCAGGAGUGUAAGGCGGCCGAGACAGCUUAAGCCUAUGGCAGGUCGUCUCGCUUAUCUCGAGAAGCAAAUCGCAUCUCUCAUGACUACGGACAGGACAGGCAGUGCCGACGCGUCCGCCAGCUCCUCUUCGCAUCCAAACACUUCGUCCGAGAGCUCGACCUCCCUCUCACCGCCGCAGUAUGGGCGAGAGGGAGGGUAUCACGACCCGGGAAGACGACAAACGGUGGGUAACAACGGACGCUAUUCUACGGCCGCAGAAGCCGUAGAAGCAUCACUGACACCCCCGUUCGGUCUGACGUGGACCCAAGCGACCUUCAUUCUCAAUGAGUUCCGCACCUUUUUCACGCCAAACUUCCCUUUCGUCAUAAUAGACGGCGAAACAACACCCCAGAACCUCCUACGCGACAAGCCGUUGCUCUUCCGCGCCGUCAUGCUGGUAGCUGCUCCGCUCCCGUAUUCCCGCACCACCGAGAUGAAGUCGGAAGUGAUGGCAUACCUCGGCCACCGAAUGUUGUUGGAGGAAGAAGAGACCCUAGAUAUACUACAGGGAAUCCUAAUCAUUGUAAUGUGGGCCGACAUCAAAUACUUCCACGACAAGCAAAUCACCCGCCUAGUAUAUCUCGCCCUUGGCUACGCUCACAGCCUCGGCAUCACCAAACUGCCACUCUCCGUCUUGCAAUUGCACGGCAGCGUAGAGCAGCCGGACGACUGCUUCGCGUCCAAGAUUGCCGCGUCAAUGAAGGAGCAUCACACCCUCGAAGAGCAACGCGCGUUCCUGGGUCUGUUCUGCGUGGUGACGGUCAACUCGAGUCAGUUCGCCCGGCGGAACCCCUUACUUCAGCAGGCGGGAGGCGGGUUCUACGUCGAUGUGUGCUGUGAAAGCCUGUUGCGGUCGGGCUGGGAGCAGGAUGCGCUGGCGGCGAAGAUGGUGCGGUUCUACCAGAUUUCGGGCCGGAUCGCCGAGACUUUUGGGUCGUUUGCCAACCGCGCCACGGGGGAGUCGUACGCAACCCUUUUCGAGGCGCAGGCUGUCGCGAUCAGGAGGGAGGUGGAUAGGAUCGGGGCCGAGAUUGAUUACCGGGACCCCUCUUUGGCGUACUUGUGGAUGCAGUAUAAUUCAGUCGUUGUGCAGCUGUACGAGCCGGCUACCACGGCGGCCAUGUUCGCACCGAUGCACCGCGCGGCGUGUCUGCUGGAAUGUCUGGCCGCCGCCAAGGUGUAUUUUGAUGCCCUCACGUCCCUUCCCCCCGAGAUGUUUCUCUACCGAACCACGGCGCAUAUCAACCAUGCGCAAAUAGCAGUGACGUCUGCGACGAGGCUGUUGGUUCUUGAGGUCGAGGGGUGGGAUCUGAAGUCUGCGCGAGCCUCGCUCGACUUUCUGGACACCACGGAACGGAUGUCGAGCCUGUUCAGGGCAACGGCUGCGGCGGGUAAGGAGAGGAUGAGGAGGUUCGCCGAGGAGACGGGCGCGGAAGUGCAAGUGUGGAUGGAGGACGAUGAGGGCGAGGACGAGGGCGAGGGCAGGGGCGGGAUGUGCCGCGAGCUCAUUGACAAGAUGCGCUGGAUCGGCGGCUGGUACAGGUCUCGGCUACAGGCAGAAGGCGGGAAGGUGCCGGCGGAGCCCAUGAACAAGGAAUUGAUGGAGGAGAUUACGCGGAUCUGGCACUGGUCCCCGAACUCCGAUGGUCUGCCUUUCUUCGGCGGUUUGUUGAACACCCUCGAUGUUAGCUAUGAAGGUAUAUGA